CACAUUCGGUUCCACACAUGUUUGAUUUUGACCCAUGGCCAAAAAAGGUUGCCAACCCCUGUUAUACACCAUAUGUAGCUGGUGCCGUUAUUAAAAAAAUGUUUAAAAAAUCAUGUGUUAUUUCCACAAAGUUAAUGGUAACUGAAAAAAAUCUUCCACAAUAUAUAUUCAUUAAGCGAAAACGUUAUCUUCGUGGAUCGCUUUCCGAACCAACAAUUGUUUUGUAUCCAACAGCCAACCAGGACGCCGAAAGAGCCGCAAGCGACAACGAGCAGACAUCGUGCCCAGCGCCAUCGCUAUGUGUAAGUUGCCAACAUUUUGGCGCACGAAUCCGGACCUCUGGUUCAUCCAGGCGGAAAUCCAAUUUCAAGUGCACCGCGUCACUUCGGACAAUUCGGGCUACAACGCAGUAGUGAUAGCCCUGGAUAUUGAAAGCAUCCAGGAGGUGUCGGACUUAAUUCGCGCACCACCCGAGUCCGGUAAGUACGAAACUCUGAAGCAAGCUGUACUGGCGCGUUUUCUGGACUCUCCUGACGCGCAACUCCAUGAACUCAUCACGAGUAUUGAGCUUGGGGACAAAAAGCCGUCACAACUGUUGCGCGAGAUGCGCAGCCUCGCCGGUGACUGCGUCGGAGAUCAGGUGCUGCGCGUAAGAUGGCAAAACCUGUUGCCGGCGCAAACGCGACGCAUGCUGCUUCUCUUCAAAAAGAAGUCGCUGGACGAACUUGCCGAACUCGCGGACGAUCUCCACACCAUCGGCCCAAGCUGCUUCAACCAAGUCCAACACGGAAAAUAUUUGUUAAAAACCCAAAACAGGUAUGAUUCGCUGAAGGCGGGCCUUAUUGAGGUGGACACGGUAUCUGAAAGCAUCAGCAACGACAAUGACAACAACAGGGCAAUGACAAAAUUGGGGGAACUAGCACAACAAAGAAAACCACGAGAAUUUCUUCCAUCAUUCUCCAGGGAGAGCGAUAAGGCCUUCCAAACAUACACAACACCAUCAAACAAAACCCACGCGUUCUUGAUGCGACGGUUCGACGACGAACUCGAACCAAGAGAAAUGGGGGAAGGACUCGCCGAAGAGCACAGUAUUAAAAUACACAACAUAUACAAAAUGAAAACCCAGUUCCGACCCCGAGAUCACACUAAAAUGGACGAACCAAAACGUUAG